AUGAAAAAUGCAAGGGUAAAGCCCAGGAGGAUGGAAAGAUUCAAGUACGGGAAUUAUCAAAGAUACUACAGCCUUAGAAAUGCCGAACAUUGAAAUGACCCAAGAAUAAAAAUCUUGGAGAGAGAGCUAUUUGAAAAUAAAAAUGUUCUCGAUAUCGGAUGCAAUGAUGGAACAAUCACGCUUUUGAUUGCAUCGAAAUUUAAUCCUAACUCCCCUUCUGUAAGUGAACAAAAAAAUUUUGUUCACUCACGGAGAGGGGUAUUUUUUUUUUUAAAAAUAUUUAUUUAUAAAUUUUAUAGAAAAAAUUUUUUUUCGAAAUUUUUAAAAAAUCCUAAUUUGCAAAAAUUGGGAAGCAAAUAUUAAUUUAAUUUAUAAAAAAUUUAUGCUUUAAAACGCAAUUUGUUUCAUUAAACAGAAUUAGCUCAAGAUUUCAUUAUACUAAUUAUCAUUUAUAUAUCAAAUUUUUUCUAUUAAAAAAAUUUUAUUCACUCAUAGAGGGUGGAUUUUGGGCAAAAAAUAGGGAUUUUUCCAAUGGUUUUGUUCACUCACGGAGGGGGGAGUAAGAGAAUUUUAGGAAUUGAUAUCGACUAUAAGCUUAUAGCCAAAGCUGAAGACAACCUUACUUAUCUUGAAAAAACAACUGAGCAGGCCAAAGUGCUUAAAGAAAGAGAAGAAUUUAUCAAAGAUGUCAGGUCUUACCCCUCAAACUUCCAGAAGUUCUUCAGUCUCCCUGAAAGCCUAAAAGUCCCUACUAAGAAAGCAUUCAGAACUGAUAUCGCUGCCACUUCAGUGAAUUUUCCGAAUAAUAUUGUCUUUAGAGAAGAAAAUUAUGUGAAAAGUCCUGAAGAAGAGAACAAAUAUGAUGUGAUUUUGCUUUUAUCAACUAUUAAAUGAAUCCACCUUAAUUGAGGGGAUGAAGCUGUUACACUCUGUUUUGAGAAAAUUUAUAAAGCUUUGAGACCUAAUGGAACUUUCAUAUUUGAGCCUCAUCCGUGAAAAUCUUACAAAAAAGCUAGAAACCGAACAGAAAAAAUCAGAGAAAAUUAUGAAAAAAUUUUAUUCAAGCCUAAUGAGUUUGAAGAUUAUUUCGUUAAUCAUUUAAAGUUUGAGCUUGUAACGAAAAUUAUCCCAACUGAAGGAAAAGAUAAAUUCAAAAGACCAAUCAUGAUCUACAAGAAAACUUCAAUUACCGAACAAUAG